GCCGGCUGCAUUGUUUUGGUUACGUGCAAAAUGCUGCGUGUGAUUCAAUUUCGUCUUGGCGUUCGUUUAUAUUCUGUGAAAACGGUAAAAAAAGAUGCCACCAAAUAUACAGAUACAAUAAACCUGCCUCGAACGCGCUUUCCAAAUCGCUUGACUGCCGCCAAACGCGAGGAACAGGAGCGACAAAUUCUCAAACAUAAGAUUUCCGCUGCCUACGAGUAUCAGGCGCAGCACAAGUGCAAGCCAACCUUUGUCCUGCAUGAUGGACCGCCCUACGCCAAUGGGCAACUGCACAUGGGUCAUGCCGUCAACAAGAUACUGAAGGAUAUCACACUGCGUCAGCGUGUAGUACAAGGGCAGCAGGUCAAUUACAUACCCGGCUGGGAUUGCCACGGUCUGCCCAUUGAGUUGAAGGCAACAGCGGAUGCAGCGGCUGGCGAGCAGAAUGCAUUGGACAUCCGCCAGAAAUCACGUGCCUUUGCCUUGGAAGCAAUCGAAUUGCAGAAGGAGGAAUUUCGAAGCUGGGGCAUCUUGGCCAACUGGCAGCCGGAGCACAUUUACUUGACCUUCCAGCCAGAGUUCAUUGCCAAUCAGCUUCACCUGUUUUACAAUCUGUAUGAGCGUGGUCUCGUCUAUCGCGAUCUGAAGCCCGUUUACUGGUCACCAUCCUCCAAAACAGCGUUGGCGGAGGCAGAAUUAGAGUAUGAUGCUAACUUUGUUAGUCCCUCGGUUUACCUGCGUUUUGCUCUGAGCGGAUUAAAAGCAUCUGGAGCGACACAGGGCAAAGAAAUCUAUGCGUUGGUGUGGACUACGACCCCUUGGACACUGCCCAGCAAUCAGGCGAUCUGUUACAAUAGCUCGUUGGACUAUGUGCUGAUUAGACUGUCGGAUCGCAACCCAAAUGAGCUUUACCUAAUGGCUUCGGCACUCGUUGACGAUUUUCAGGCUAGCACAGAGAUUUUGUGUGAGAUUGUGGAGAGAUUGGCGGGCAGCGCUUUGGCUGACUGCACAUAUCAGCAUCCCGUAGACAAGGCGCAGACAGCACUGCCAUUCUUUGCUGCUGGCCAUGUGCAGGAUAGCAAGGGCACGGGUCUGGUGCAUACGGCGCCGGCACACGGUCCGGACGAUUUCCUCAUUAGCCUGGCCAAGAAAUUGCCCAUCAAGUGUUACGUUAAUGAGGCGGGCAUUUAUACGGAGGAGGCGCCUGGCUUCUUACGCAACAAGUCUGUGCUGGUCGAGGGCAAUCCACUGGUGCUGCAGCACAUAGCUACGGAUGUGGUGUAUGCCUCGCAGUUCGAGCAUUCCUAUCCCAUUGACUGGCGCACCAAGCAACCGGUCAUAAUUCGUGCCAGCGAACAGUGGUUCAUCGAUACGGAUAAGCUGAAGGCGCCUGCUGCUGCUGCUCUCGAACGGGUGGAGAUCUAUCCGCGUGUCAACGCCGAAUCCAGCAAGAAGGCAUUGCUGACACAGUUGCACAAGCGACCCUAUUGGUGCAUAUCACGACAACGUGCCUGGGGCGUGCCUAUACCGGUGCUCUACAGAAGGGAUAACAAGCAGGUGGUGCUCAAUGCUGCACUGAUUCAACAUCUGUGCGAACUUUUAAGCAACGAAAGAUCCAUGGACUUUUGGUGGUCCAAGCCGUUGGAAGAGCUGCUGCCUGAUGAGCUCCUCAAGCAACUGGGCUGCAAAGCAGAUGAGCUGAUCAAAGGUAGCGAUAUAUUCGAUAUAUGGUUUGAUUCUGGCAGCACUUGGUCCGCAGUGUUGAAGAAGCAACCCAACCAGAUGGCUGAUAUGUAUCUGGAAGGCUAUGACCAGUUCACCGGCUGGUUUCAGUCAUCGCUCCUGACGAGCAUCGCGGCACGAAAUUGUGCGCCCUACAAAGCGCUCUUUGUGCAUGGCUUUACAGUGGACGAGAAGGGGCACAAGAUGUCCAAGUCAGUGGGCAAUGUCAUCUCGCCCAAGCAGAUAACUAAGAAAUACGGCACAGAUGUGCUCCGUUGGUGGGUCGCCUCACACGGCACCCAGCACAUGUCAAUCACCGUCAGUGAUAAACUGCUCCAGCAGGCAGCCGAUAAUCUGAGCAAAGUGCGCGGCACGUUGCGCUACCUAAACGGAGUCAUCAAUCAGAAGGAACAGCAGCAGGAUUUGUCCAUACCAACGGGGAGUAAUAGCUACUUGAAUCAAUAUAUUUUACACAGCCUCUUGGGCUUUGAGGAGGAGAUCGAGAAGCUCUACAACGCCUAUGAGUAUAAUCGGGUUGUGGCGACUAUUCAGAAUUUUAUUGCCAAUCAGAUCUCGGGCAUUUAUGUGCAUUUGAUUAAGGAUCGUCUUUAUUGUGGCGAUGAUCAGCAGUUGCAAUCGAUACGCCACACACUCCGCCACUGCUAUCUGUUGCUCUGCAAGGCACUGUGGCCAAUUGCGCCGUAUUUAAUCGAGGAGAGCUGGAGCUAUUACGAACCCAGUGGCAGCGCCUUUCACGAACAAUCCGUCCAUGCUUCGGAGGAUUGGCGAGAUGCCAAGGUCAGCCGGAUAGUGAAUGCAGCCUUGGAUAUUAAGCGACUUGUUAAUCAGCAGUCUGGAGAUGUCAAUAGCUGGCAUCUCUCCGUAAGCAUUAAAUGCUGCUCCCAACGGCAAUUGGAGUUACUCUGCGCAUUAAAUGGCCAGUUGAAUGUGUCAACAACAAGCUCAGAGCUGUGUGAGAUUCUGCAAGUGGGCAGCGUCAUAUUGCAGCCAGAUGUGGACGCUGCAGCGGAAUCGGCAACGAUAGAUCUACAAACGCUGAAAGUACCACUUUGUCCACGGUGUCGUCGCUACAGCCUCGUCAAGGCGCAGCAAGAGAUCUGCAUGCGCUGCUCGAGCAUUCUCUCAGCCAGGAAAUAGUCAAAUAGCAUUUAAAGUUAAAUGUUUAUAAAAUAAAUGUAAAUUAUACUUGA